CGCAGGUGUUAUGCGCAAAUGUGUGAACGUAAAUACUCGGACCCAAGAUGACAAUAAUGGUGUUGUAAGAAGGUUACGUGUAAAAUAAUUCCCAAUCAACAACAGAAGACACAUACCCAAGACGUUCUAACCCAAUGUCACCCCACCCUUGCCUUGUUCGCAUUUGUUUUACCGUCAGUCUCUGUACCCAGAUACUUACUAGCGUGAUAAAACCUGCUGAUUAACUCCACCCAUUCUGAUCACAGAUAUUUUCUUUCUUUUUUUUUUACAAGUUUUGGAAAUUGAAUUGAAAAUGCCAAGAUCUACCCGAAAUCGUAGUUCAAGCCCCAAGAAAAUAUCAACUAAAGCCGGAACUGACAACCUCAGUGAAACUAAAAGAAUGGAAAGAGACGGACUCUACCAAGAGAUACAGGAAAUGUUCCAAGAUACUAUUGAUCCUGAAGUUGUCCACCUUGUUUUAACGGAGUGUAAAUGGAGAGUUGAUGAAGCUAUCGAGACGCUGUUUGCCAUGAGCCAGAAUGAGCAACUGGAGAAGAAAGAUGUGUCCAAAGACACUGAUCUAGAUGUCAUAGCAUGCAGCCUUAUUGGUGAAGUUGAAAGUGAACAGCAACCUUUUUUAACAACUUUUAUGAGAAAAAAACAAGUAACAAAAAAUAAUAAGCCCGUUUUACAACCGUUGGAAAACAUAGACCCUGCUGAAAUUGUUUUGAGUGGAAGUCUUCCCAGACCGGGGACGGGAGAAGAAAAAUCAGUGCAAGACCAGUUGACAUCCAAAACCCAAUCAUUCCCUAUGGGUGUGUCCGAUGUAGAGUAUCAGACUUAUAUGGACAUGUAUAAUGUCUACGGAACAUAUGUCCCAGAGAUCAUGGAAUCUAUUCAAUUAAAGGAGGAAUUUUUGAAAAAUUCACAAACUAAAAAUUCAUCACUUUCCCAAUCUGUUGAAGGUGAUACAGAGAUUUCAUCACCAACAAGUGGAAUUUCAAACAUCGGUCUACUUGAUCCAGUAUGUUUAAAGAGCAGUAAUAAACGUGGUGGGAAUGGUGACAGCUGUCCAUCAGAUAAGCAGUGUGUUGACACAGCCCCACAUACACUCCGCCUGCAUGAUAGUGAGGCUGCAAGCCUUGGACUCAAAGGUGUACACGCAUCCGUGGUAGGAGAUACCAGAAUAAGUCAAAUGGAUACUUUUGGUCCAUUGAAAGGACAGUUCAUUUCAGUGCAAGAUUCAGGAAGAGUGUCUUCCAAAUCCAAGGGAGGUAAUUCAAACACUUCUGGUCAUUCACAGAAACAUUUGACAGAUUCGUAUCCAAGAACUGGUGCACAUACAGAUGAAGACAGUUCAUCAAGAGACACCUGUGAAACAGGUGUGAGUGAAUCUGAUGGAAGUAUGUUUUCUACAUCACACAAUAGACCAGAGAGUCAAGACAAAGGAGCUUCAGAUUUAAUUGCUAUUCCCCUUAUCAGCAGAAGCACCUGAGUUUGUACCCAGGUUUGCAUCUGUUCCUCCUCCUCCAGGCAUCAACAGGAAUCCCCUGAACACGUGGUGCCUGCCUAGGGAACUAGAAGGAAAUCCUAUCUUCAUGACCCCAAAAGGGCCGCCGGAUCCACAAAGUCGCCUACCACCCAAACAUAAUCCAUACAGUUCUCUACAUUCAAGGUGGCAGAGGCCAAGCACUCAGGCCACACAACCUAAGCCCCUUCAGCCUCUAAGUCUAACAUCCAUGGCAGCACGGAAUCCUUACAAAUUCUCAGGGUCGGCACUUCAGACCAUUCCACCACCUCCAUCAUCAGACCACUUUCCAACAAUGCCAGGGAGAGGACCAGUCAGUCAAACACAAGGCAGCACUAAUGAUCAGAUGAUUUACUCUAAGGCAGCAGCCAAGCCGGCACUAACUCCAGCCAGGGUAACACUGUCUACCUCACGUUCCAUGCCAGCCAGUAACAACCAAAUUAUAUCCUGUGCACAGCAGAUUGAGCUAGUGAAGACAUACAUGGUCAAGGGGAGGCAACUCCUGGUGCUCCUCAGGGGAUUACCAGGCAGUGGGAAGUCAUACCUUGCUGGGGAGAUUGUGUUUGAUGGAGUCAUCUUGUCCACUGACGACUACUUCCUCCGGUGUGGAGAGUACCGAUACAACCAGGACCAGCUGACCGAAGCUCACACCUGGAACAAACAAAGAGCAUGUGAUGCUAUGGAGAGACAUGUGAGCCCUGUGAUCAUUGACAACACCAACACCAUGGAUUGGGAGAUGUUGCCCUAUGUCAAGAUGGCAGUGGCCCGAGGAUAUGAUGUGGAGGUACUAGAACCCAGCACACCCUGGAAGUUCCACCCCAAAGUUCUAGCCAAGAGGAACAGCCAUGGUGUGGGUAGGGAUGCCAUUCGGAAGAUGAACCAGCGAUACCAGCAGAAUGUUACUGCAGCUGGCCUGCUGGCCAGGGUCUCACAACACAGCAGCAUUAAAGAAUCAUCAGAUGCAAGAGAUGUGUCUCCUAUUAAGUCCCUGAAGGAAGAUGUAAAAACCAAUGUUCGGCUGGUCCAGUAUGAUCUGUCUUCAGAGGAAGAACAAGAUGAUGUCAGGAAGGUCUUGGUGAAACCAGCUGCAGGCCUGACACCCAUUCCAGUAAAACAGGGCCAAGUGCCGGGGACACCAAGCGUGCUCAAGUUGAACCUGAACAUCAAGACGCCAUUGACAAACAAGCAGGUCAAAGAAAGUGGAAGUGCACUGAGUUCUCCUAAAAAGAGGAAAAGGAAAAAGAGAAAAGCCAGUUCAUCCAAGUCGGAAGUGAUGCAGACAAUGGAGGAGAUUCUUCAGAGCUGUGGUGAGGGUGAGAUAGAAGACAGUGAGUGGAGGGUCAGGGAGGAGGAGAUACAGGCAUUGCUGUUCAUGAGUCCAUUGUCAGAGUCAGAGAAGCAGGACAUUCAAGUCUGGCUCAAUGAGAAGGUGGAGAACAGGAAAACUAAAUCUUCUGUCCCUCCUGAAAGGGAAAACCCAAUUGCCAUGGUUGUUGAAGACAUUCAGAAUGAGGGCUGUAAACUUAGUAGCUGUGACAGUCUGAAGAAACAGUUGAAUGACAUGCCUGAAUGUGUUGUAACGGUGCCUAGGGAAAGUGCUGGUGGAGAAGGUGUUACUGAGACAAAGAUGACACCACAAGAUGUUGAUGAAAAUGAAAAUUGUGACAUUAAACCUUGGUCGCAGCUUGACACUGCACCUAAACCAAGGAGAUAUCAUCUGAGGAGAACAAGGCCAAACCACAAGGAAAAUUCUGACCAAAGUGAUUCCUCCCUUGAGAAGGAAAAGGACCACAUGCCCAAAACUGAAACAUCUGAACAACAAACACAGUUUAUUUCAAUGGAAGGCUUUCAAAGGGAUGGAAAAGAGGUAGAUGAAUACGAAGCAGUAGAUGGCCAAGCUGCUUGUGAAGUAUCAAAUCCACAGGGAGAACAACACAACUCUUGCAACACUGUCAGUACAGCUGAUGGAAGAAGCAAAGCAGAAGCAACUGCAGAUGCAUUUCAAGAUGAAACUGCUGAAGGAUUAAGGGCUGUGAAUCAAGAACCAAUCACAGAGGUUGAUGAAGUGACGGCAAGAGAUAUAGUGAGAGAUGCUGAGGUCAAAGAGAAGGGGUCAACAUCUGAAUGUCAGGGUCAAAACAAAGGUGAUGAGAAUGUUCCUGCUUCCUUGACGGACACUGCUGGCCAGUGGUUUGACCCAAGUGAGGACACAGGAGAUACAUCUGACGAUUCAAAAGAAGCUUUUGAAUCAUUUGAUUCAGACGAAGCUGAGAGUAUAGGCAGUGAAACUGGCUCAGAAAAUAUGUUGACAUGUGACCGCCCAGAUAUCAGUAAGGACGAAAAACAUGAUGAUUCCUUCCUGAGCUUGUCAGCAAGUCCCAGAGAAGGAGAUGAUAGAGAGUUGGAUAUAUCUGUGGCCACUGAAAGGGAAGUAAAGCAAGAGGAAGAAGAUGUUAGUAAGGAAGAAGAACAUGAUGAUUCCUUCUUAAGCUUGUCAGCAAGUCCCAGAGAAGGAGAUGAUAGGGAGUUGGAUAUAUCUGUGGCCACUGAAAGGGAAGUAAAGCAAGAGGAAGAAGAUGUUAGAAAGGAAGAAAAACAUGAUGAUUCCUUCCUGAGCUUGUCAGUAAGUCCCAGAGAAGGAGAUGAUAGAGAGUUGAAUACAUCUGUGGCCACUGAAAGGGAAGUAAAGCAAGAGGAAGAAGAUGUUAGUAAGGAAGAAAAACAUGAUGAUUCCUUCCUGAGCUUGUCAGCAGAUUCCAGAGAAGGAGAUGAUAGAGAGUUGGAUAUAUCUGUGGCCACUGAAAGGGAAUUAGGGCAAGACGACCUCCAGCUCCCUGUCAGUGACAAAUGUAGACAUGACAUCCAGAAGGAUUCUCAGUGUCAGGGAAAACAAACUCAAGACGAUAAUGAUACUUCAAAUGAAACUGGAGUUUAUUUUUCAUGUGAACCAAGUGAAGAAUCUUUUAUUGUCAAACCUGAAGAAACUAAUACUGAUAAUGUCAAUAUUACUAGAAGCGAAGUAUCCAGUCGUAAAACGUCUAAUGAAAAGGUUAUUUUUGAAAAUAAUAGUAGUAAUGGGAGUGGUGACCUUGGUAAAAAGAAUUAUGAAACUGUUGAAGGUGAUAUUAUCUCUCCUCAUCUGGACAUGAGUAAAACCUUAGAAGUAAAUAACGCUGUGACUAUUGAUGACCUGGAUAUCAAGAAGCCUCAGGAAGAUGCUGUUCUCCAGAAAUCCCUUCCAAAGAAAUCAAAAACUCAGAGGAAGAAACAGGGAAAUGUUCUUCCGUUUUUAGAUAAUGAUGCUAAACAGAAAUUUCAGACUGAAAAUUGGAGUUCCUUUGGUCUCACUACAAUGGCACAGUCCUCAGAUUCCAAGGUCAGUGAACUGCGGAGUGCAUUACCUAAGAGCAGGAAAGUUGCAUGCAGAUCCUUUUAUUCAUUUACAAGCUCAAGGGACUUUGCAUUCAUGAAACAUAUUAACUGCAACAAACCAUUACACCAGAUUAAAGAUUCAGAGCAGUAUACUGUCUUGCUGGGAAAAUCAAGAGACAUCAAUUUUGAAAAGACUCAGAGAAUGAAAACUAAAUCGCAAAGUCCAGAAGAACAAAGAAAACAUUACAGUGUAACUUUGGACAAAGGCUGUAUGACAGACGAAUUGGACUUACAAGUACCAGCUGAUGUUGAGUUCCUUGUGAAAGCAUUCCCCGGGGCAGAGGAGAAUCACCUGCGGGAUGCCCUGGAUAUAUGUCAGGGCAAUAUUGAGUGGACAGUUAAUCUACUUCUGGACUGGGGAGAAACAGUGCCAUUUUCAUCAGUGGACAAAGAGGAAAUCUCCAGUCAGAUGAAGCAGAAAACCCCGGACAAGACUGUUAAGCAUGCUAAGCAGUCUCCACCCACAAAAUGUCCCUUGUCACUUUUUGAUUUUUGUCAGAAGGCCAUUGAUGCUAACAGUUUGGCCAGCAAUGAUGAAGUUCAAGACAAAGUCAUCAGGACAGGGUACCAGCGCCUUCAGAGGAUGGAGAGCCAUAGCAUGAUGCGUCUGCGGAGCUUCAGCCAGAGUGAGUCAAGCCUGACCAAUGACAGUGUGCUCAGUGAUAUUAUACAGACUAGCAGCUCUGUGUUAUCGGAUGUCUAUGGCAGCUCCAGUAAGCCUGGGAGUCAGGACACUGAUGUCAAGGGUGACUGGGGAGUGGUGGAGGACUGGGCUGAGGAAGACCGGUGUAUGCUGGAGGAUGAUGCCCAUGUAACGCUGCCAGUCCCAGAGGAGCUGGUUAGAGAUUUAGAGGAGCUGUUUGGGCCUGUACAGUCAAGCCUUACUGGGUGCGAGUUGUUCGAGGUUACCCUGGACAUGCGGACAGCCAAGCGCUUGUUUGAAAACCUGCACAGGAGGCCAGCAUCCCGAGGAGCUCGCAUCCAGCAGCAGACCGAGGAAUUUAGAAAACAAGAUGAGUUGAGGAGACAGAGUGAAGAGAGGGCACGAGAGAAACAGCUUCGUCAGGAUGAAGCUCUCGCCAGGAAAUUACAAUAUGAAGAAAACCAAGGCCCACAUCAGGGGAAGGAGACAUCCAGCUCUACCCUGAAGAACACCAAGUCAGCACUAGCGUCACAGUCCCAAGGCCUCUGGCAGCAGGGGAGCAGCACUCACAUGUUCAGCAGGAAGCGGACAAAGCCUACAUACAACCUCUUAGACAUCAUGAAAGAGGAGCAAGCCAACCAGCAGAGGCGUGAGGAGCAGAUGAGGGUGCUGGAUGCAACAGGCGACAGGAUAGCCAUCGCCACCAAGCUGAAGAGACAGAAGCUCUAUAACCAGUUCCCUGGAGUAGAUGAGAACUUCCUCGAGGAAAUAUUUGAAGCGAAUGGGUUCAGUCUGGAGGAGACGGUGGAUGUCCUACGUGGGGCAGUGGGCAAGACCCGGUCACCACAGAGGGCAUUUUCCCAACACAUUGGGCAAGAUGACCAUACAGAAAGUGCCAAGAUGAAGAGUCUACAAGAUCUGGUUGACCAGUCAUGGCUGCAACAGGAGACAGGGACGUUGGAGUACCUGGACGCAGCUGAAAACAUGGACUACGACAACAUCCGCGGGGAGGCCAACAUUCACCACAACAUGAGAAACGAGUGCUUCCAGAAAGCUCAGGAGGCCUUCAGGCGCUGCAUGAAAGAUGUGGCCUCAUUCUAUUCACAACAGGGCCAUCUGCACACACGCAAACUAAAGGAAGCCAACAUGAGGGCCUCUCAGAAGAUCAUGGAACACAGGUCAUCCUUCCUGAUGCAGCACGGGACCUUGGAUCUCCACGGCUUCCAUGUGGAUGAGGCUAUCACUAUACUCAAGUCAGUCAUUGAAGACAGAGAGACGGACUUGCAAGCACGACCCGAUCGGAGGAAGCAGUCCUUGUUUGUCAUCACUGGAAAGGGCCGACACAGUCGUGGAGGGGUGCCAAACUCCGCCAGCCAUUAUCAACCAUCUGAACAAUAUGAACUAUAGAUACACAGAGCAGCAGCCAGGGCUGUUCAAGAUAUUCCUGCAGUAUCGGCGCAUAACAAACAAUGCCUGUUUACUACUUACUCUGUGAUAUGAACCUGCUGUCCUCAUCCAGGAUUAAUAUAUGCAUUACAUUUGUACAGACUGUUUGUAUAUUUUUGUACUGAGAACCUUCUACACAAAUCAUGUCAGUAAUGGCUUACUUGAUGUCUUGUAGAUAUGUAAAUACUGCACAAUUCAACAUUCCCAUCUAGUCCUACACUUGUGCCUUACACUGUAUUUUAGUGAGGCAUGUAUUUAGGAGACAAACAUUGGGUUUUCAGUGCUUAUCUGUACAUUUAACUGCACUAAAUUGAACUUGCAGUGUAAGAUUUUAAAUGCUGAAAUAAUGGCAGUCAACUCUACAUUGUACCAUGACUAAAUACAGGGUUGUGUUGAGCGUUGUGGGCACCCAAGCAUGGCAUCCCUAUGGUUCAGUAUUGUGGAAGGGAAAUUUGAGUAUUAUGUGCCCCAAAUACUUUUUAAAACAAGAACACUUUGUAGAUGGCAGAUAUACUGACUGAAGCAGCCUUGUCGGGAGUUGUGUGUCUUGAGUGAGUGUCUGAAUUAAGGAAUCACAAACUACAGCUUACAGUAGAUGCUGUAUAGUAGUGCUUUACACUUGCUGCUACUUCACCACAUGCAUGUACCACAACAACUGCUUCAGCUGACAUUUUGGCUCCCUGGAAAAAACUGAACAAGCCUUGCAAGGUUUAAUUCUACAUUGAACGUCACUAUGAUGGCGCCAUAUCGCUGAUAUGGUGUCACAGUCAUGAAGAAGAGCUCUCCAUUCCAUGCUCUCUGGUGUCCUCAGAAUUCUCUUGUACAUGUAUAUUACUGUUGUGGUUUCUGCACAAGAUAUGUAGACACAUAGCCUUUGAAUAUAGAAUUAGUCACAACUUUGCACCCUAUAAUUGUACAUAUAAAUAGAAACAUACUUGCUAUCAAUGACUUAAAAAGAAGUACCUAUUUUGUAAAUAUUGGCAUCUGUGAUGAUGCGGUCAUCAAAUCAGCUAUUCCAAUCAGAUGGGGUUUGUUCUGAUAUCCUCAUACUGACCAGUCAAAGUCAAGUACCGGUAAUCUCCAGUUUUAUUGUAGAAUUAACUAUUAUGAAAGGUUGUGUUAGUGAUGUGCUGUGUUUUAUGGCAGACUUUAUAAGUCUUGUAGACUAUAUAAGCCAGGUACAAGUACAGCUACAACAUGUAUUAAGGGAUGCUUGCUUUUUGUGGAAAUUGAGCGGUGAACAAUAAUCAUUUUGCCAGCAGAGAAUAUUGACUUUAUUCUGUAAAAUGUUUGCCAGCAAAACUGCCUCUUCACGAAAUUCUUUUCACCACUUCCUCCUGAAACAUGUAAACACUAAAAAACAACAGUAAAUUUAUAGUGUGAACUUUGCAGGCACACAGACUGGAAUGAUCUUUGGAGUUUAUAUCAACAGAGCAUGUAAUCAUUAUAAGUAUGAUGUGUAUGUUUACUUAAAGACACUGUAAGUUGCCUUACUUUUAAAACUGGUUUUCAUUUUACUACGUGUUUUAGACGUAAUGUCAUGUGCAACUACUUAGUCUUAUGUAUGUGAUUCCUGUCCUAAUGGAGGAUUAGUGUUGUAGUGAUGGAGUAGUGGCCUGUCAGACUGUACAGUGUCUAGAGAUGCUGGCCGUCCCUGGAUGCCUGGAUGAGUAUUUUUGUAUUCUUAUAAGAUAAGUAUUCUAUGUCCAUUUUAUAUGUUUUAUCAUUGAAUGUUUGUUACCUAUGUUACUGAGAUGUGCUUUGAAAGUCCAUAAAGAUGUGUUUACAGAUA